GAGAGGAGCAGGCCUAAAUUGAAAACAGCAGUCCCCAAGGUUAGAGCACAUCAAUCCUGCUAUACUGGGUGUCUGGGAAGAGAAGAAGGGGAAGUAAAGCAGAAUGAACAGAGCUAUGGAGGAGAGCAAGUUGGGAAGAGGGAGCGAGUGAGAAGUGGGAGGUGGGCAGCGCAGAAAGAAAGAACGAGAGAGCGAACAGAAAGAGAAAGAGGGGGAGAGGGAGUGCAGUGAGUGAGAGAGAGCACACAGAGAGAGAGAAAGGGAGAGAACACAGAGAGAGUGAGAGCGAGAGAGAGAGAGAGAGAGAGAGAGAGCGAGAGCACGGAGAGAGAGAGAGAGGGAGAGCUCAGCAGAGCACGAAAACGAACGCAAGAGUAGAAAGGAGCUCCGAUAGUGAGACGGGCCGGGAGAGAAAGCAGCAGAGAGAGAGAACACAGCCGGCGACAGAGAGACAGUUCAGUAGUGCUGCCAUCAGGAAUUACAACACUGCCAUGCAACCUUAGUGCCGGUGGAUGAUUUGGGGCUGUCGUUGGUUGCCAGACCGUGCCGUGCAGUCCGAGUCCUGGGCAUCACUGCAAUGAGGAGUCUUAGCGGUGGCUGCAGCAGAGUGAUCCAGUAGUAGCAGGGUAAGAUAAGUUCGAGGUCAAGAUGGCGGGGCUGCUGCCCUCCGCCAACCGUUACCUCCUCUUGCUCCUGGGGGUUCUGUCUGUGGCCCACGCCUCCAUCUUCCUCAAGGCCUCCUUCCAGAGAGACCGCCGUAACAUCAGGCCCAACAUCAUCCUCAUUCUCACUGAUGACCAGGACAUGGAGCUCGGCUCCAUGCAGGUCAUGAAUAAGACACGUGGUAUCAUGGAGCAGGGCGGGACUCACUUCUCCAACGCCUUUGUGACCACGCCCAUGUGCUGUCCUUCACGCUCCUCCAUGUUGACGGGGAAGUACGUUCACAACCACAACACCUACACCAACAAUGAGAACUGUUCCUCCCCCUCCUGGCAGGCCCAGCACGAGACUAGGACCUUCGGAGUGUACCUCAACAACACUGGCUACAGGACAGGCUUCUUUGGGAAGUACCUGAAUGAGUACAACGGUUCCUAUAUUCCUCCUGGGUGGAGAGAGUGGGUGGGGCUGGUCAAGAACUCCCGCUUCUACAACUACACCCUGUGCAGGAAUGGAGUCCGCGAGAAACAUGGCUGCGAGUACCCUAAGGACUACUUUACUGACCUCAUCACAGAGGAUGGCAUCAACUACUUCCGCUCGUCUAAGAGGAUGUACCCUCACCGGCCAGUGAUGAUGGUGAUGAGCCAUGCAGCCCCCCAUGGGCCAGAAGACUCAGCACCCCAGUACAGCACUGCCUUUCCCAACGCAUCCCAGCACAUCACUCCCAGCUACAACUAUGCCCCGAACCCGGACAAGCACUGGAUCAUGAGUUACACUGGUUCCAUGAAGCCCAUCCACAUGGAGUUCACCAACAUGCUACAGAGGAAGAGGCUGCAGACCCUGCUCUCUGUGGACGACAGCGUGGAGAAGGUGUAUAACAUGCUGGCUGAGACUGGAGAACUGGACAACACAUAUAUCAUCUACACAGCUGACCACGGCUACCACAUUGGUCAGUUUGGCCUGGUCAAGGGCAAGUCCAUGCCCUACGAGUUUGACAUUCGAGUACCCUUCUACAUCCGAGGGCCCAACGUGGAGGCAGGAGCCAGCAACCCUCACGUGGUGCUGAACAUUGACCUGGCGCCCACCAUCCUGGACAUCGCUGGCAUGGACGUGCCUCCGGACAUGGACGGCAAGUCCAUCCUCAAACUGCUGGACAUAGAGAGACCAGUCAACAGGUUCCAGGUGAAUAAGAAGGGGAAGGUGUGGAGAGACUCGUUCCUGGUGGAAAGAGGGAAGUUGCUCCACAUGCGUGAUGCGUCUUCAGGGAAGGACGUGGCCCAGGAGGAGAACUUCCUGCCUAAGUACCAGCGGGUCAAGGACCUGUGUCAGAGAACAGAGUACCAGACACCCUGCCAACAGCUGGGACAGAAGUGGCAGUGUGUUGAAGAUGCUACGGGGAAACUGAGGCUGUAUAAGUGUAAGGGCAUCACCAGCAUGUCUGCAGAACGGAAGGAGGGCCCUGCCAACAUCAGGUCCCAAUUUUACCCCCAGCGCGAAGCAAAGCACAUCACAGAGCGCAACACAGAGCCCGAAGGCUGCAAUUGUGACCAGUUCCCUAGCUUCAGACUCAGUGCCUUCAAGAAGAAAAAGUUUCUUUCCAAGAUGAAGAUGAAGGCCGUCAAGAGCUAUGCCCGUAACCGUUCUGCUCGCGCCGUGGAGAUGGAGAUAGGAGGGGAACUGUAUGCUGUAGACUUGGGGGAUGGCUACCAUCCUGUACUGGCCCCCAAGAACCUCAGCGAGACUGGGGCCCCGGGGCCACGCGACGACACUGAGGACGACUUCAGUGGCAUGGGAUUCACCAUCAGUCCCAGGACUAGCAGCAACAGUCUGGCUAUAGUACCUUCUGACAUCAAAGUCACACACAGAUGCUCCAUCCUGGCCGAUGACACAGUGAAGUGUGACACAGGGAUCUAUAAGUCUGUGCAGGCCUGGAAGGACCACAAACUCCACAUCGACCACGAGAUUGAGACCCUGCAGACCAAGAUCAAGAAUCUGAGAGAAGUCAGGGGUCAUCUGAAGAAGGCCCGCCCAGAGGAGUGUGACUGUCUCCGCUACAUCUACCAGUCUAAGUACAAGAGUAAGCUUAGGUACAAAGGAAGCAGCAUUCACCCAUUCAGGAAGGGUCAGGAUAAGGAUAACAAGGCGUGGCUGCUGAAGGACCAGAAGAGGAGGAAGAAGAUGAGGAAGCUGCUGAAACGUCUGAGGAACAACGACACCUGUAGCAUGCCUGGUCUAACCUGCUUCACCCACGACAACCAGCACUGGCAGACCGCCCCCUUCUGGACAAUGGGUCCAUUCUGUGCCUGCACCAGUGCCAACAACAACACCUACUGGUGCGUGAGGACCAUCAACGAAACUCACAACUUCCUGUUCUGUGAGUUUGCGACUGGCUUCCUGGAGUACUUUGACCUCAACACAGAUCCCUACCAGCUGAUGAAUGCUGUGAACACACUGGACCGAACCGUCCUAAAUCAGCUCCACGUUCAACUCAUGGAGCUCCGCAGCUGCAAGGGUCACAAGCAGUGCAACCCCCGUACCCGCAACCUGGAGCUGGAGGACAGAUUUGGGAAGGCUGGGAGGGAUAGGGUCCAGGAGGCGACAGUGGCCCCGUCAGAAGCACCCAGUGCAGGAGGAACGGGAAUGGACUGGUCAGAACUUGAACCCUUGUACAGACUUGACAAGCACGCGUAUGAUCUCAAACUCAACUUCAACGUCAGCCUGGAGGACUGGGACAACUUUGACUGGACCGUGGACAGGAUGUUCACGAUGCUAGGCAACUUCAACCACCAGCCGAACGGGCGCAGCAGCAACUUGAUUCCUGGGGAGGGUAGAGGAGGAAGAGACCACGCCCUGGUAUCCUCAACGGACCAAUCAGCCUCAGCCAUCUACCUGACCACCCUGGCCACUCCAGCUCUCCUGCUGAGAGAGGCUGCGGCCGAGGUCCUGAGGGAGGCGUUGGGGCUGAAUGGAGGGGAGCACCGCUCUUCCUCCUCCUCCUCCUCCUCUUCCUGUCCUCCAGUCCCAGCUGAGGAGGGCCGCUCAGACUGGGACCACUCCCCACCUCUCCUCAACCAGUUAGGGGAGGAGGGCCCGCCUAGACUGCAUGACGAGGAUGAGGAGGGCAGGGAUAGGGGUGAUGAAGAGGAGGAGGAAGAGUUGUUUAGGAGACGGUCGGCCCGGUGGAGGCUGAACCAUGCUCACUGUCAGUGCAGUGACUUUGUUCAGGAAGCUGAGAACGGGUUGCCUGUAUGACUGCCUGUAAGACCCCUCUCUCACUCUGUCUCCCCUCCUCACCUGAGAUUUUAGGGAGACUGAAUCAGCACAAUGUCACCUCUGGCCUGUCCCCCACCCAGACCCGCUUAAAUUCUCACCCUCCUCCUCCUCAGGCCACAGCAGCACUUCCUGGCUGAUAUGGGGACGAGCCUGUCCCUUUAAUCAAGACUGCAGUCCUCCAGUGCCCCAACCAUAUCCCAGGCCAGCAGACGGCCCACUGCUGGCCCCUUCCUGUAAUACAUCAACGGACUUCACCAGGAGAUUCUUUAUGAACGAACACAGCAGCAGCCCAUGAUUCUUUAUGAACGAACACAGCAGCAGCCCAUGAUUCUUUAUGAGCGAACACAGCAGCAGCAGCCCAUGAUUCUUUAUGAACGAACACAGCAGCAGCAGCCCAUGAUUCUUUAUGAACGAACACAGCAGCAGCCCAUGAUUCUUUAUGAGCGAACACAGCAGAAGCAGCCCAUGAUUCUUUAUGAGCGAACACAGCAGCAGCAGCCCAUGAUUCUUUAUGAGCGAACACAGCAGAAGCAGCCCAUGAUUCUUUAUGAGCGAACACAGCAGAAGCAGCCCAUGAUUCUUUAUGAGCGAACACAGCAGCAGCAGCCCAUGAUUCUUUAUGAGCGAACACAGCAGCAGCAGCCCAUGAUUCUUUAUGAGCGAACACAGCAGCAGCAGCCCAUGAUUCUUUAUGAGUGAACACAGCAGAAGCAGCCCAUGAUUCUUUAUGAGCGAACACAGCAGCAGCAGCCCAUGAUUCUUUAUGAGCGAACACAGCAGCAGCAGCCCAUGAUUCUUUAUGAGCGAACACAGCAGAAGCAGCCCAUGAUUCUUUAUGAGCGAACACAGCAGAAGCAGCCCAUGAUUCUUUAUGAGCGAACACAGCAGCAGCAGCCCAUGAUUCUUUAUGAGCGAACACAGCAGAAGCAGCCCAUGAUUAUUUUCCUAUGGCAGGAUGUUACUUUGCUUUGUUUUUUGUUUUUGGGGAGCUUUGGGAAUAUGAGAGGAAAAUAAACUUGAUUGAUUUUUGAUAUUCAUUGGAUUCUUUGAAAAAAAUAUUGUGUAUUCUAUAUGUGUAUUUGACUUUGUUUGUUUUUACUAAUGGGUGUAUGAAUUGGUGCUGGUUCCACCCCCCUGUGCUGAUUACGUGUAUGUGGCACAUUGAUUAAGGCUUUUUUUUAACCAAUGUGUUACUAAUUCAUUUUUGAAAACACUUAAUUCCACAAAAUGCAGAUGAUCAAUUAUGAGGUUCAGUGAUACACACACACACACACACACACACACACACACCUCACACACUGUGAGUGCUGUGGAACUUGCCUUUGAGUUUGGCGUCAAACCGACACGAGGAGGCCGUGGUUAGGGUUGGAGUGCAGGUAGGAACUGGGAGUGUCAUCUAAGUGCCGUAUAUUUUCAGUGUUGCAGCUUAUUUUAGUUCUACUAUGUUUGUAAUGAAAAACAAGAGACUUGAUAUUUAUGUGAAUCAAAGCAUUCCCUUUUGUUGUGUUCUUAUUUUCAUUUCAAAAUGACUGAGUUCUGGAUGUUGAACAGAAUAAGAGUUUUUACUGAAAAUAUAUCUACCGCUAACAACUUGGUAGCUGUGGCAUUAACCGUUUUGAGAGAGUCCAAUCAGAAAACAUGCAAUCGAAGGCACUUAUCUGAUGUGAACCCACUGAGACGUAUAGAGGUCACAACAUUGUAGCUGUCCCAUUAUGGUGUCUGUGACAGUAUGGCCAGCACCACUGAAGCCAUUUCCAUUUUAAAAUAGUCCCUUUUCUUCCUUCUUUAGAUAAAAAAAAAAGUGUAAACUAAUAUAGGUGUCUUAUCGCCUCCUGCAGUGCUGGAGUCCUGAACCAAAUUUAGUGUCAUUCAUUUAUUGUGGCCACUAGAUGGCAGUCACAUAGCUUGAAGCCAUUUACAAACUAGGCAAACCAUUUUAAAGAAGAAGACAAUGCUCUGCUUAUUGGCUGAUCGCUCCCAACCCCAUACGAAUCUCUACACAGUUGACUACUGUAAAAUGCCUGGAAGCCCCCAAUGGCAAUGUCCAUGCAAAAACGUGUUAUUUCUAUGUAAUGAUCCUUAUACAUCUCUAUGUGUAAACCUGACUUGUCUAGUCUGGUUGGUUCAUCCAGGAAGUCUGUUUCAUGAAGUCAUCAGUCCACAGUUGAGUUCCCCUGCUAAGACGUUGUUGCAUGUAUUGUGUUGCAAUGGUUGUGUGCCAGGUCAUCGACUGUGCUGUCGGGCACCAGAUUGCUAGGACAUAUGAUAUGGUUGGCUGAUAUGUAAAAUAACUAUCCAAUGGCUGGGCAGAGGAACGUGCCCCACUACCUCUCUCUGAUGUCAUCAAAGGCUUCAGAGAGAAAAGGUGUGCUUGUUUUGCAAGCCGAUGUGUCCCAGAGAUGGGCGGGACAUAGGUUUCAUGACCCACUCACCUUAUACAGCAACCCUGGCAGUUUAUUCUGCCUAAUACCACUUAGAGAUACUCAGAACAUGCUGGCUUGUAAAACAAGCCCACACAGUCACGAUCGGCCAUAACUUCAUGGUCUAAAGACUGUAGUUACACGUGUUUCUCUUAGAAAUAAAAAUACAUGGAACAGUACAUGUAGUUAACAAAUGCUGCAUUCUUUAUAACAGUAGAUUUGUUCGCUAUACAUGGUGCUAUUGGGGUCUCAACAUACAUGUAAAAUUGCUGUGUGUAUUUGAAUGUAGGUUUUUUGCGAUUAAUGUAAAUGUUAAAAUAUAUUUUAUAAUAAACAGAUAUUACCUAUCAGACAGCGCUUCAUCAAAAGGGUCAAAUCGUGGGUGCUUAUAUUUGUCCUGUUUCACUGCAUGUACAAGUGGGUAACUUGUACAAGUUUGGAAAUGGGAAUUUGGCAUAUCCUUACUCCCCCUGACAGUGGGUUCGUGGCCAGGGAUCUGUCAUUAUUGACCGUGACCCUGGAGCAAUUUGGGUUGAGUGACUUGCUCAUGUGCAGAUCAACAGAUUUUUCACCUUGUUUUCACGGGGAUUCAAAAUAUCGACCUUGGGGUUACUGGUCAAAUGUUCUAACUGCUAGGCUACCUGCCGCCCUACACUGCAACGAUGCUUCACACCUGUAAGUAGUCAUCUGAUGUGAAUACCCUUGAGCAGAAGGAAUCUUUCCACCCUCAAUUUACCAGGAAACCGAACCCCCCCCCCCCCCCCCCCCCCCCACAAUAAUUUUGUACUAUAUUGUACGAGGCAAAACAAGUCCCUUCUCCCCCUGAAAAAAAUAAGCAACAGUACUUUUUAUUAGCACUUUGAAAUGGACUACUGUAUGUGAACAAAACAGAGAGGGUUUUAUCAUAACGAUGCCUUGUGUAGUUCCAUGGGUUUAUCGUGCAUAUAUUUUGGUUUCCAGUGAACAGUUGAUAGCUGUAACUAGUUUGUGAAUAAAGUGUUGAAUGCCAAGGUUUCCUCCUCUUCACUUCA